AUGAGUGGAAGAGGGAAGACCGGCGGCAAAGCAAGAGCUAAGGCAAAGACUCGUUCAUCCAGGGCUGGACUUCAGUUUCCUGUUGGUCGUGUUCACAGACUGCUACGAAAGGGAAACUAUGCUGAGCGCGUUGGUGCCGGAGCUCCAGUGUACCUGGCUGCCGUGCUCGAGUAUCUUACCGCUGAGAUCCUCGAGUUGGCUGGAAAUGCUGCUCGGGACAACAAGAAAACCCGCAUCAUUCCCCGUCACCUGCAGCUUGCGGUGCGUAACGACGAGGAGCUGAACAAACUCCUUGGCGGUGUCACUAUCGCUCAGGGCGGAGUGUUGCCCAACAUCCAAGCUGUCUUGCUCCCUAAGAAGACCGAAAAACCUGGCAAGGCCAAGUAAAC